AUGGGAGAGUCUUCGACAGCAGAGGCGACGAAGGGCGGCGGCGGCGGUGUCGGGGGGAGCGGGAGCCGGACGGGGGACCAACCAAUAUCGAUCCUGAACAACCGGUCCAACAGCGUGAAGCGGGCCACGCAUAAGCACGGAGGCGGCGGGCCGCAGGUAGCGGUGGCAGGCGGGAUGGGCGUGGGCGGCACGACAGCGGCGGUGGAUGCGCGGGCGGCGGUGGGGCGGGCGACGGCGGUGUCGGAGCGGUCGCUGCGAGGGUCGCCGGUGAGAGAUGGCGGCAGCGUGGGCUCGGCGGCCGCGCGGGCGUUUGCGGAGCCGGUGAGCGCGGAGCUGCUGGAGCAGCGAAUCCGGCUGGUGACGAACGGGCUGGAUCUGUCGCCGGACUCGUCACUGGUGGGCAGCGUGUCGAGCCUGAACUCGCCGCUGUCGGUGUCGAAGGCGUCGGCGGGCGUUGCGGCGGUGUCGUUCACGGUGCCGGGCGGCACGGAGAAGAUCUCGCACCGCGGCUCCAUCUCGACGCGGCCGGGGGCGAAGGGCGAGGCAGACAGCGAUACCUCGACGAACUCGUCGCGGCAGAACUCGCUAGUGCACAUGCCGGGUGACUUCAUCUACUUCGACUCGUCGUUCCACAUCCCGCUGACGCCGGUGUCGCCGCACCAGACGAGCUCGACGUCAUCGCUGGGGCGCAAGUACAGCCAGCACCAUAGCAACAAGGCGGUGAUCGGGGAGGAGACAGGGCCGCAGGUGCCGUUCACGAAGUUUUUCCAGAAGCAGGAUGACGAGAAGAUCCACAUUCUGAUCGGCGCGACGGGGUCUGUGGCGACGCUGAAGGUGCCGCUGAUCAUAGACAAGCUGUUCAAGAUAUACACGUCCGACAAAGUGUCUAUCCAGCUGAUCGUGACGCAGCGCGCGGAGCACUUCCUGAAGGGGCUGAAGAUCAGCAAGGACGUCAAGCUGUGGCGAGACGAGGACGAGUGGUUCGGGUUCAAGCGGCUCGGCGACCCAGUCCUGCAUGUGGAGCUGCGCAAGUGGGCAGACAUCUUCCUAGUCGCGCCGCUCUCGGCCAACACACUGGCAAAGGUGGCGAACGGCAUCUGCGACAACCUGCUCACCUCAGUGCUCCGGGUGUGGAACCCGUCCACGCCGGUGCUGGUGGCCCCCGCCAUGAACACCUUCAUGUACACACAUCCUGUCACCAAGAAGCACCUCCUGAUGCUGCAGGAAGACGCCCCCUACGUGCAAAUUUUGAAGCCGGUAGAAAAGGUGCUGGUGUGCGGCGACAUCGGGAUGGGUGGAAUGCGCGAAUGGAUAGAGAUCGUGGAGAUACUUGUCAAAAGCAUUUCGAAGAUACGGGGAGCCGCUGCAGUCGGCCUCCAGGAAAACGAAGAGGAGGAAGAAACCGCCGGCAACUACGACGACGACGACGACGACGAUGAGAGGCAUCCAGGCGACGCGGAGACCGACGAGACCGACGACAGCGCCGUCUCCGACGAGGAGGACGACGAAGGAGACGACGCUACAGGAUCCGUACAGGCACAUCGCGCAGGCGCAGAAAGCAAGCCACCAUCCGGUAUUUCGCCUAGCGUGUAA